AUGGGCAUUUGCUAAACUAAACCUAAAGUCAAUGAACCUUAGACAAAAAUGAAAAAAAUGAAUACAGAACAAAGGUUGAUGCCUAAACCUAGUCGCAUUUUAGAUGUUAAUUACAAACAGAUUCCAAAUAAAUUCAGAAGAUAGGCUACAUAAAGAAGAGUCUAGCAAAUUAAUCAAUUUGAUACAGAUACAUAAGGAUUGUUUGGAUUGACUAAUCUAGGAAAUACAUGCUUUUUAAAUUCAGUAUAAUUAAUACUUAUAUAGUCUAUCUAAGCCUUAUCAAAUACAUAACCAUUAACUGAUUACUUUAUGUCAUAACUACAUAUCAAAGAGAUAAAUCCUGAAAAUCCUUUAUCAUCUUAAGGAAAUAUAGUCAAAUCAUUUGCUUAACUUAUUAGACUACUCUGGUAGAAAGUUGAUCAAUAUUAAUAUGAUGAUAUGAAAGUAUUGAAACCGACAUAAUUUAUUUCAACAAUUGGAAAUUAUAAUCCUAUAUUUGCUGAAGGUACAUAGGAGGAUGCACAUGAAUUCAUUGCAUUUUUAUUAGAUAUGAUACAUGAAGAUUUGAAUAGAAUAAAGAAGAAACCUUAUGUAGAAUAAGCAAAGUUUAUAAAAUUUCCAACUAAUGAGGAUGCAGAACAAGAAUGGAAAAAAUAUUUGUCACGAAAUUAAUCAAUUAUUGUUGAUUUAUUUUAAGGUCAAGUGCUUGAUACUUUAUCAUGCUUAACUUGUAAAUCUUCAAGAUAUUGUUUUGAACCAUUUAUGUAUCUAAGUGUACCAGUUUUGAAUAGAGAAUGUGAUUUAUUAGAAUGCAUAGAAGAAUAUUUGAAAAAAGAAACUCUAAAAGGAGAGGAAGGAUGGAAUUGCACAAAUUGUAAAUCAAGAAGAGACAGUAAUAAAAAGAUUGAUUUAUGGACAAUGCCAAAUAUUCUAAUAAUUCAUCUAAAAAGAUUUAAAUUUAACUCUUAAUUCAGAGCAAAAAUCAGAUCUUUAGUAAAAUAUCCAAUUUAGAAUUUAUCUUUUGAAAAUCUUGUAUGUACAAAACAAAUAGAAAAACCAACUUAUGAUCUUUAUGGAAUUAUUAAUCAUAGUGGUACAUUGACAUCUGGACAUUACACAGCUUAUGCCAAAAAUAGAGAUGAUCUACAUUGGUAUCAUUAUAAUGACUCUUUAGUUACACCAGUUUAAUAACCUGAAAAUUUAUCAGAUGCAUAUUUAUUGUUUUAUUUUAAAAAUAGUGUUGAAGAAUUUAAAAGAUAAACUUUAGAAGGAAUCAAUGUAAGUUAAAAAAGAAAGACUAUAAAAAAUACAAUAGUAAUAAAGUAAACAAUUCUUAAUAUGCAAUCAUAAUAAUCUAAUAGUAAUAUCUCAGAUAAUAAAAGAAAUAACAACAAUAAUAUUGCUCCAUCAAUUUCAAGUUAAGCUUAAAAAAAAAUGUUAUUUAGAAAAUAAACAAAGCAUUUUUAAAUUGUAAAAGCCUAAGAAUAACCAUCUUUUUAAUAGGAAUCAUAUGUAAUAUAAGAAGAAAACUGA